GACCGGAUCCUUGGCUGCCGGAAGUGGGCGUGCCCGGAAGUGCUCCUACGGAAGCCGGCAGGGCCGCGCGCGCCCCCUCACCAUGGCGACGGCGGGCGUCCCGCAGCGCUUCUGCCGCUGCGCCUGCUUCUGCUCCGAGAACUUGUACGUGGCGCGCUACGGGCUGCACGUGCGUUUCCGGGGCGAGCAGCAGCUGCGCGCGGACUACGGCCCCAUCCUGCGCAGCCGAGGCUGUGUCACCCCCAAGGACUUCCAACAGCUGUUAGAAGAGCUGGAGCAGGAGGUGGAGCGGCGGAAGCGCCUAGGGCAGGAGUCCGCUGCCAGGAAAGCCCUCAUCGCCAGCUCCUACCACCCGGCUCGGCCUGAAAUCUACAACUCACUGCAGGAUGUGGCUCUGGCCCCCGAGUUUCUGGCCGCAGCUGAGUACAGCGCAUUGCCAGGUGCAGACCUCAAGGGCCUCCUCCAGCGGCUGGAGACGGUGUCGGAGGAGAAGCGGAUCUACCGGCUGCCGGUGUUCACGGCGCCGUUCUGCCAGGCACUGCUGGAGGAGCUGGAGCACUUCGAGCGGUCGGACAUGCCCAAGGGAAGACCCAACACCAUGAACAACUAUGGGGUGCUGCUCCAUGAGCUGGGCCUGGAUGAGCCGCUGGUGACGCCGCUGCGGGAGCGCUUCCUCCAGCCACUGAUGGCCCUCCUUUACCCAGACUGUGGCGGAGGCUGGCUCGACAGCCACCGAGCCUUCGUGGUCAAGUAUGCACCCGGCCAGGACCGGGAGUUGGGCUGCCACUAUGACAACGCCGAGCUGACCAUCAACGUGUCCCUGGGCAAGGCCUUCACCGGGGGCGCCCUAUACUUCGGGGGCCUCUUCCAGGCGCCUUCAGCCCUGGCCAGCCCCCUGGAGGUGGAGCAUGUGGUGGGCCAGGGUGUGCUGCAUCGGGGCGGCCAGCUGCACGGGGCCCGGCCCCUGGGUACGGGCGAGCGAUGGAACCUCAUUGUCUGGCUCCGGGCCUCUGCUGUGCGCAACCGCCUCUGCCCCAUGUGCUGCCGCAAGCCCGACCUGGUGGACGACGAGGGCUUCGGUGACGGCUUCACCCGGGAGGAGCCCACCACAGUGGACCUGUGUGUGAUGACUUGAGCCUGGUUGGACCUGUGUCGGGGGUGGCGUGACGGCAGAGGGCUCUGCCACCUCGGCUUGGGUGGGGCAGGGCAGAAAUAAAGUCCCCGUAGCCCUUGGCACUUCUUGGUUCAAAAGGACAAGCAGGCUCUGGGUCCUUCUUUCUGCAGAUGGGCUGGCUUAGAACCGGCGAUGGGGGUUCCUGCUUAUCGAUGGAGGAGGGAGUCCACGAAGCAGGACAAGGCAGGAAGGAGCUGGGCCGAGGGGCAGGUUCAGCUGCAUCUAAACUCAGGCCAAUCCCCUGGGAGCUCUGGAGUGUGAAUCCACCAGUUUGCCCCAGCAUCGGUGAUUGGCUACAGGGUGUGCUGGGAGAGGGCAUGGCGGGGGGAGGGGAUGUGUGUGAAUAAGUUCCCAGAUGUCCGACUCCAGCACAGGUGUAGCUGUCAGCAUCUGGCUGACAGCUGGGGUGAGUGCCCUCUAUUAAGGGGAUUUGGGUGGGUCACCAGUAGCACCUGGUAGAUGGUGUGGAGGGGUUAAGAGCCGGGCCAGACUGUCUGGGUUCACAUUCUGAUUCUGCCACUUGCAGCCCUGUGACUGGUAAGCCCCGUGACCUCUUUGUGCCUCCGUUUCCUCAUCUGGAAAGUGCCUAUGUCUUAGAGCUGUUGUGAGAGUCAAACAAUAUAUAAGCUUUAUAAAGUGCUUUUUAACAGCC